UCAUCGCUUCGUCAUACCUGUUUUUCCAGUUCUCCUUUUUGUUCUCUCUCUCUCUCUCUCUCUCCUCUUCUUCUCUUCCACUUGCCUUCUCCAAAGCUUUACCUCCAGAGAAUCUAAGCUGGUCUAGAUUGUGUUCUGGCUGGACCGGUCCAAUCCCGGUCGAGUUCUUCGUAGAUCAACCACUCGCAGUCACAGUCAUGAAUCCUGAAUAUGAUUACUUGUUUAAACUUUUACUGAUUGGAGACUCUGGGGUCGGCAAAUCAUGUCUCCUUCUGAGGUUUGCUGAUGAUUCAUAUCUGGACAGCUAUAUUAGCACAAUCGGAGUUGAUUUUAAAAUUCGCACAGUUGAGCAGGAUGGGAAGACCAUUAAACUUCAAAUUUGGGACACUGCUGGACAAGAACGUUUUAGGACAAUUACUAGUAGCUACUACCGUGGGGCACAUGGAAUUAUAAUAGUUUAUGAUGUGACAGACCAAGAGAGCUUCAACAAUGUUAAGCAGUGGUUAAAUGAAAUUGAUCGUUAUGCUAGUGAGAAUGUAAACAAGCUUCUUGUUGGCAACAAGGCUGACCUCACUGCUAACAAAGUUGUGUCUUAUGAAACAGCUAAGGCAUUUGCGGAUGAGAUUGGGAUCCCUUUCAUGGAGACUAGUGCAAAAAAUGCUACUAAUGUGGAGCAAGCCUUCAUGGCAAUGGCUGCUGAAAUCAAGAAUAGGAUGGCCAGUCAACCAAUGAACAAUGCAAGGCCACCGACAGUGCAGAUCCGAGGACAACCUGUCAACCAGAAAUCUGGGUGCUGCUCCUCUUAGUCGAUUCUAUUGCUCGUCUUCUGUGGCAUGAGUGCAUGCACGUAGGAGAAGGCUUCACUUCAUUCUUGUCUAAGCUGUAGGGGACCAUUCGUGCCUUGUGAAACCAUAUAUAAUGACUUUGCUCGUCAGUAUGUUUUAUAAAGUGACAAACAAAACAAAUUCCAUUCUUUUUAGUCUUUUAACUGGUAUGUACAAAUGAUGUCUGCUACUCAGCUACAUUUUUUAUUUCUCUGUUUUCUUCUGUUUAAAGUGACUUGCUAAAUUGUUUCAUGUGGAUGCUUAAAGGAAAUUUGUACGUUUCAAAUGUUAUUAUAUGGCAAGUGGCCAAUUUGUUAUAGAA